GCUAAUGUCCAGCUGGGACUUGGUCAAGACGAUUGCCAAAGCAGGUACGCUGUAAACUACUAACGUUGUUUUCCUCUUUGUCUCUCCGAGUAUACACGAAAAGCAAGCGCCGGAGCUGACUGAUAAAAAACAGUACAUGUGACAUAGUCUUGCCCCAUCACAUUCAAGAAAGUGUUUGUGCUGCUUUUUAAACAAGUUGAAGUGCAAGGGGAUCUCAUCAUACAACAAGCUCCCCAUGGUUCAACUAUGGAUGCACCGACGCACAGCACAGACUCCAGCUCGGGACACGAACCUGGCAAAAAACUUGUUGUUAGUGACGGAGUAACUUCUCUCCCCAAUCACCAGGGGAAAGUAGUGCAUACUUUCAAUGGGAGCCAAACUAUGGACUCUCACAAUUCAGGAAGCGGGGGGCCGACAGCGACAAGUGGCACUAGUAACAACAGCAGCAGCAAUGCAAUAUCUGUUACUGCUAUCAACAGUGGACCCGUGUUGUCAAAAGGGCUGCCCGGUGCUGCAACAAUGCACCCCUCGUCCAACAGUGUGAUUCAGACGCCGCUCAUGAACUCCCAGAGUGUUGUGAGCCCGGCAACAACAGGAGCCACUGUGACCCUCGUCAGGCCGCCUAUGCAAACUGCGGGGUCGGGAGCAACUUUGAAUGGGAACAAUAAUGCGAGCCAUGCUGCCGUGGUUGCCAAUGCUUUGGGUCACACAGGUACCAUCGUCUCGCAAAGCCCGCUUGUAAACAAUUCGUCCAACUCGGUGGUGUCUGGCAUCGCAGGGUCGCACAUAAUCAAGGCAGAGCCACCCACGACAAUAAUACAGGCAGUCCCGCAGCCGGCUGUCACUCCUGGAGUCGUCAGCUCUCCACGUUUCCCCACGACAGGAGCUACCGGUCCGGGUGGGAUCCGAGCCCUGACUCCUCAGAUGUUGGCCCCCAGGAUCCAGCAGACCUCCCCAGGACAGCCCAGCGUACAUAACAUCCAGCUCCCCCCGGGGAUGGUGCUUGUACGCAGCGAGAGCGGACAGCUGCUGAUGAUUCCCCAGCAGGCGCUCGCCCAGAUGCAGGCCCAGGCACAGGGAGGCAUGGCCCCGCGGACCACCACACCAACAAGUGUCCCUCCUGUUCAGGCUCCUGGAAACACCCUCAUCAGCAGACAAGUGGCUCCCAGCACCAUCAUCCGUCAGGGAGGUCCGACCCCGACACCGCUCACUGCGACCACCACUCUUCACAGACCCCCUGUCCUUCAGAGUUCAGUUGGGGCUGCAGUACCAGGAAUUACACCCAGGACCGCCAGCCCGUCAGCUGGGACCUCACUCGCCCCGAUAUCAGUGAGCAAAGAGACGAUGGAGAAUGUGAAGAAAUGUAAGAACUUCCUGUCCACUCUGAUCAAGCUGGCCUCCUCUGGGAAGCAAUCCACAGAGACUGCAGCGAGUGUGAGAGAGCUGGUCAAAGACCUGCUGGAGGGCAGACUGGAGGCUGAGGAAUUCACCAGCAGAUUGUACAAAGAGCUCAACUCCUCCCCCCAACCAUACCUUGUGCCUUUCCUCAAGAAAAGCCUCCCAGCCUUGAGGCAACUCACCCCAGACUCAGCCGCCUUCAUCCAGCUGAGUCAGCUCCCCGUGCCAACCUCAGGUCCAGUCACCUCCACCUCAACGGUCCUGGGCAGCCCAGCGCCCCGCCUCGCUACCCCAGUCAGCAGGCCCCAGCUCCAGACAGGCAUUGGCAAACCAGGACCAACCUCCUCACUGGUUAUCCAUCCUCAGCAGCAGAGAACAAUGUUGAGACCUCAGGUAGCCUUACCGACACCCACCAUGGUGGCUCUCAGGAAUCAGGCCCCCGGCCGCAUCAUGCUGGGACAGCAGCACGUCCAGCUGCACCAAGUUCCUGUGAAGACGGAGGGAUCACCUUUUCCUAGACAAGUGUCUGCUGCGACCCUGACCCUGGCUCAGAAGAACAAGCUGAGAGAGGCGGGAGGGUUGUUCAAAGAUGAUGACGACAUUAACGAUGUGGCCUCCAUGGCUGGAGUGAACCUAUCGGAGGAAAGCGCUAACAUCCUAGCUACCAAUUCUGGACUAGUGGGAGCGGUGACGCGUUCCUGUAAGGACGAGGCUUUCCUCUCCUGUGCCCUUCUCCAGAGGAGGAUGCUGGAAAUCGGCAGGAAGCACGGUGUGACAGACCUGGGGGCCGAGGUGGUGAACUUUGUCUCGCACGCCACUCAGCAGCGGCUCCAGACCCUGCUGGAGAAAGUUUCCCAAGUAGCUCAGCAGAAAAGCUACACCUUAAAGGAGGACGACAACUAUGAGCAGGGCAGCGAUGUUCGUACUCAGCUCAAGUUCUUUGAGCAGCUGGACCAGCUGGAGAAACAACGGAAGGAGGAGCAGGAGAGAGAGAUCCUCCUGAAGGCAGCUAAGUCUCGAGCUCGGCAAGAGGACCCCGAGCAGCUGCGUCUGAAACAGAAGGCGAAAGAGAUGCAGCAGCAGGAGCUGGCCCAGAUGAGACAGAGGGAGGCCAACCUGACGGCUCUCGCAGCCAUCGGACCGAGGAAGAAGAGGAAGAUCCUGGACUCUCCGUCCUCCUCCGCUGCAGCCGAGGGGUCAGGAUCAGGUCCCUCCCAGUCCGGCGGGGCGGGGUCGUCGGGCUCCAGACCCACGCGGCAGCGCAUCACACGCGUCAAUCUCAGGGACCUGCUGUUCUGUUUGGAGAACGAGAGAUUUUCCAGUCACUCCCAUUUCCUCUACAAGGGCUUUCUCAAAUAGACUUGAUGUGAGAGGGGAGAGGCGGGACCCGUGAGUGGAGAGAUCCAACGCUCCCUCCAUGGAGAGAGACCCUUUUUAAAUGAGGAGGAGGAGGAGGAGGAGGAGUAGGAGUGUCUUGGCACAUUUUGGAGGUUUUUCACAUAAACCUGACGAACAGGAGUAGCCACAUUGGAUGGCCUCUCUACCUCUCUCCUUGAGUAAUGCCUGUCUUGAUCAGAGAAAAGGACAAAUGCUAAUUACUGUGCGAGAGAAAUGGAUGUGUGUUACGAGAGGGUUAAUGAAUGAACACUUUUCAAUUAUGCACAGAACAGUAGAGUUUAUAAUCAGCUGAUUUGUACGUGUGUUAGCAAUGGACAUCAACACAUUUGUUUUUAAUAGACAUCGACUCGUUUUUAUUGAUUUUAAUUUAGACUUUUCCUUUUAACUGAAUUAGUUUGAACUCCGAACUGUGUAACCUACUGAGUUGCCUUCCUAACUAUGAAUAAGCCAUAUAGCCAUCACAAAGCAAUUAACCCUGCUGUCACUCAUGAAGCAGUAGUCAUCUCCAUCACUUGAUUUAUUUUCCAGCAUAUUUAUUUACUAAACUCUUAAAUAAAUGUUUAGUUAUUUAUUUUGAUUUCAUGUGAAACUUCAAGUCGUUUCAUGUAGUUUAAAUUCAGAAUGCAUUUGCCUGCUUAGGAUAUGUUUAAAAUCAACGUAGACAUCGUAGUUUGGUGAGUAGGUUUUGGUGUGGGAAGAAGAGAGGUUUGUUCUUGGUGUUUUCAUGUUUUAAAUCGUUCAUUUAAAAUGAUUUCCACGUGUUGAUUUCUAAAUAGAUGGCUUUUAAACCCCUAUUACUAUACCAAACAUGCAUCUACCUGAAAGCGAUUUCUAUUUUUGUAGCUGCCCACCAACACACAUUAUUUUUACUCUUUCAUAAUGACUGGCCGUUUCCUCCGACUCAACAAGGUGCAGUUUCCUGUAUAUUUGUAAAUGUUUCACCUAAAGUUUUACACAUGGUUUUGUAUAGAGUUGAGAAUUUACCCACCCAGCAUAAAGAAAAACACAUUUUCUCUAUUAAAAUGUUUGAAUAAAUAAUGAUUUUACAGUAA